AUGUCUCAAAAUGCACCAAGUGAACUUACCCCUAGGACGUGGCUGGUGAUCUUCGGCGCGUUCACCAGUCUUUUUUGCACGGUCGGCUUUUUGAACUCUUUCGGGGUUUUUGAAGAGUACUAUGCAGAAGUUCCAUUGGCCAAUCAAUCAGAAUCGACCAUUGGAUGGAUCGGAGCGAUAUGUCUGUUCUGUCUUUUCUCGAUCUCUACAAUCGCUGGAUCUUUGCUUGACACAUUUGGACCAGAGCUUUUGAUCCGGACAGGCUCAGUCGGCACCGUACUUGGGGUCAUGAUGAUCUCGCUGUGUACUAAACUGUACCAGUUUAUUCUCGCACAGGGAUUUCUUCUGGGUAUUUCGAUGUCGCUCGUUACGUGGCCAGCCGUAGGCCUGAUUGGACAGUAUAUCAAGAGGAAAAGUGCUGGACCGAUGGGUAUUGCCAUUGCUGGUUCAUCGUUCGGUGGCGUAAUCUGGCCCAUCGCGAUUAAGCAGCUUCUGUACAAGCCCAACAUUGGGUUCGGCUGGACGAUGCGCAUUGUCGGAUUCAUCAUGAUACCACUUCUUCUUUUCUCGUGCAUUGUUUGCAACUCGCCACCAAAGGCACCAGUGGUCAUUGAAGAUGCUACCAAAAUUGAAGAUGGGAGUGUCGUGAAUCCCACUGAUCCUAUACCUGAGAAAGUUGUGGAUCGGAAGGCACAAGCCAUGGCGUUGUACAAGAAGCCAUCGAUGCGGCUCUUAUGUCUUGCAGUCUUCUUCAUCUACUUUGGAAUGUUUGCUCCCUUCUUCUACACAACGUCUUAUGCAGUCAAGAAGGGGUUCUCUACCUCUUUUGCAUUCUACACAGUGUCUAUUGUCAACGGUGCCUCCUUCUUUGGCCGAAUCAUUCCAGGGAUUGUCGCUGAUAAGCUUGGUCGUUUUAAUUGUUUGAUCAUUGCAACUUUGCUAGCAGGUGUAAUUGCACUAUGCUGGACGAAAGUUGACUCGGUGACAGGACUGGCCAUUUGGUCUGCUGCAUAUGGGUUUGCAUUGGGGGGCAUUCUCUCGCUUCAACAAGCUUCUGCGGCUCAAGUGGCCACUCCAUCGACCAUUGGUCUAGCCAUCGGAAGUGUUGCUGGCUGUUGUGCACUCUCUGCCAUGGCAAAUGUGCCUAUCUCGGGAGCAUUAGUUGAGAAAUAUGGCUAUCUGGCCCUAUCAAUCUUUACCGGAGUUUCAUUACUCGUUGGUGCCAUACUGCUUCUCCUCGCUCGUUUCGCCCAAACCCGAACCCUACUUGCAGUCAUUUAG